AUGGUCGACACCAUGGCCUCAUCUUCUCCGUUGACAAUGGAGUCCAUCAAAUCCUCGCUCAGCGAGCAAGACCUCUCCAAGGCCCAAGAAGUCGUCACCCUUUUACUCGACAUUUACAAAACCCUUGUCCACAUGCAAUAUAUUCUCGCCUCUGAUCUCCGCCCCGGUCCCCACGACCUGACGGCCAUGCUCCCGCUAUACCAGGACCUCCAGCUGGACCCUCGCAUCAUUUACCUCUAUACCCUCCUCCCCUAUAUCGACAACCACGACCGAGCCGCCUUCUACAAGGGAGGCAUACUGAUUGACUACCGCAACAAGCAUCACGUCGAGGAGGCACGUGACCCCUUCUUCCACACGGAUGAUAGGCGUGCGAUGAUGCGCCCAUGGAUGACCCCCCUGUCCUUGUGUUGCGGCCUCCAGGUCGUGCUCAUAUACGACGCAAAGCGGCACGUUGUUGGGGUCUUUGAACAAUGUUUCCUGGAAAGCCGGGAUCCCGCUAUGGUUGAUAAAGCAGCGAACAGCUUGCCAUGGGCGGAGGAUUUACGCCGGGCUUGCGAGGAAGACAGUCAUCCCAGGUUGGGGUGUGGAGAAAAAGGAGGGAAUGUCUAUGACAACAUGCCCGCACGCGACGCGGCAGACGUUUUGCGGGACAUCAAGAAACAAUAUGAAUUGCUGGAAGACGCUCCGUGGCGGCAUGAGUGCGGUGAGGGUGGGGGUCCAUGGCCGGAGGGGGUUGAGGCGCUGUUUCACAAGCAUGGCUGGCCGGGGUCCGACUUUGACGUGGAAGGCUUUCACGUUGAUCGUAUCCGAAUGAACGCAGUGGAAGGUACGAAGCGUUAUGCGUCAGAGGCCUUGAAGAAGAUGGAACGGGAGAAGAACGGGUUGCAGCGUUUGAACCAAGAGAUGCUGGAGUGUGAGCAGACCCUUGCUUUAGCGGACACGCUUGACAAGGAAUGGAUGACGAGGUUUGAGGUCUGGAAGUUGGAGAGCACGAUUGAGCUUAAGAAGAAGCUCUUGGAAGGGGCUGAGAAACUGGUAGCUAGGUUAUAUCCUCAAGGGAGCAACCCUGGUGAUAUGCCAGAAGAUGUGAUUUUGUGGGAGCUAAGGCAUCUAAUGAAUGCAUUUAGACAGGCUGGAGGAUCAUUGGAGACAAUACAGACGGAGAGAAUUAUUAAAGACAACGAACGGCAUCUGGAGCGAUUAUGGCAAGCGGUGCAGGCCUGUCUAAGGGAUGCGGACAGACUGUGUCCCGAGAGAGAGGAGCUGCCCAGGGAUGACAAUGACAUCAAAGUCGUUGCUUACGCAUUCAACCGAGAGUGGCAGGUUGGGAAUCUUACAGCGAGGAAGGUCAAGCUCCAGGGCUUCCUCGCAACCAUCCCUUCAACUUGUAAGGAAGGGCGGGAGGUGGUUCAAAAAGAAAUUGAUAAUUGUCAACGAGACAUCGACAACCGCAACAAGUUCUGGGAUGAAGCUGAUGCUAGACAGGCGGAGGCGAGGAAGAGAAAUGAAGCGACAGCGGCGGCUGUUUGA